AUGGCCUUUGCCGUUAUUUCGCUGAAGCAAUACGCACAACGAGAUGAAGCACAGGUUUCUCAGGAAGCCGUCGACUCCGGUGGUGCUAACGCACAACGAUUGUCAUCAGAUGCGCACCUAAACCGCCUUCAACAAAGAUUGUCAAUAGAUGCACUAGUCGUUCUGCACCCCAAACGCAAUAAUCACAUCAUCUUGAACGAGGAAGUUGAAAGACAAGACACAAGUAUCGAACCCAACUCAGAUUCCGUUCCCGAUGAUGACGAAGAAGAUAUAUUGCCGAUUCCAGUAUCGUCACGAGUGUAUAUCCCAGAUCCUUCUCUUCCUGCAGAGGUAGAGCUUCUCGUACGAGAAGACUACUUCAACGAUGACAUUGCUGGUCUCCAACAACAAGGAAUGCUCAGACCCGAGCCAAUACCGAUGCCGAUGGGGAAAGAAUAUGCGAUUAUAGAAAUUCUCAGGUCAGUGAUUAGCGGCGUGGAUGAGCUAGAGCCUUGCUUUUGUGGAGAUCUUUAUGAAGACAAUACAGUGAAGACUGGGAAGGACUCACACGAGGCAGUAAAGAUGCCAGGAUGUUAUCAUAUUUUCGGGAAAAGGUGUAUCGUGCAGUGGCUGAAUGAGACUAAUCCUCCUACUUGUCCAAUGUGUAGGAAGCGGGUUCAUUUAACGAUGAAUGUGCCGGUGGAGCGAAGAGAUGAUCAAGAGCUGUACAGGGUCAUAGACUACCAUUAUGCGGUACUUGACGAUAAGAGAUAG